GCGAGUCUUGCUCCCGACGUCACCUCGGUGUUCCAAGGAACAAUGGGCAAAGCCACACUGCAAGGGGAACUUUUGCCCUUCUGGAGUUGAAGCGCCACAGAUGCCCGCAAUAUGGGCUUGGCUACGUCGUAUUAGGGCUCAAGCGCUAGGAAGGCGCGAUGCUACCCAGAGUUCGCUCCACAUUCGCAGUGCUUGGCCGCGAGAAGAUUCCUUUGACGCCAUUUGUCACCGAACCGUGGCUCCUUUGGCUUUUUUUUGACUCUCUUGCCACUUGCCGUGUGUGUGGGCCCGAGAGCCGGCUCGCGUUGCCAACUUGCCAGGGCAGGCAGCUCCGAGUGAACGUUACCACAGCGCACUCGACCUCGUAUUCCCAUGUGCCGCUGCAUCGGGAAAGGUGUGGUGACUAUGACCUGGCUCUGUUCGGGUUGGCUCGCCGUCGUCGUGUGACUGGUGAGGUGAGCCGAAGCGGCGCAAUCGAGGGGGAAAUGGGAAAUAAAGACCUCGCGCCCGCUGUUGCUCGCUCAGUUCCAUUCCUCUUCACCUAUCAACUCCAAGCAACAAUAGUAGUAAUACGCCUUCGGGUCUCGCAGUCGCUCGUUUAGCCUGCAUCUUGCUCAUCACCCUUACGCUCGCUUUACACUCGCUUAACUAAUCAACCACCGUCAAAAUGCGCGCCACUGUUCUGUCGUUGGGUGCCUUUGCCCUGCUGGCAUCUGCCCACACGUACCCCAACUGCGUAAGCAGCCC